AAAGCAAGAUGGCAACUGGCUCAGAUCACGGGCUGAAAAGAAUAGUUUGGAAAAGAAUAAAGGAUACAAUUAUUGCAGACUGCAGAAAAUCUGAAGUAUGGAAGAUAUUGAUUCUGGACCACUUCACCACCAAGCUCCUCUCAUCAUGCUGCAAAAUGUCCGAUCUGAUGGCAGAAAAAAUAACAAUCGUGGAGGACCUGUUCAAAAGCAGAGAGCCUGUUCCAGAAAUGAAGGCCAUCUACUUCAUGUCACCAACCGCAAAGUGCGUGGAUGCCUUUAUUGCUGACUUCAAGUCCAAACCCAAAUACAAAGCAGCAUAUGUUUAUUUCACUGACUACUGUCCCGACGACCUGUUCAACAAUAUGAAGCUGUACUGUGCAAAGUACAUACGAGUCUGUAAGGAAAUAAACAUGUGCUUCAUGCCACAAGAGGCACAAGUAUUCACAUGUGAUAAUCCGAGGGCAUUCCAAAGCAUCUACAGUCCCAACAGUCAGGACAAAAAGAAGACACUGGAGACACUCGCGGACCAGCUCGUCACACUCUGUGCCACGUUGGACGAGUACCCAGGGGUCAGAUACAAGAAAGACAGCAACAUGGAGAACGCCAAGACCUUUGCAGAGCUGGUGGACAACAAGCUGGCCAGACACUAUGAGCUGGAUGACAGUGGCAAAAAAAAGGGAAAGACCCAGGCCCAGCUGCUGAUAGUGGAGAGAGGUUUUGACCCCGUCAGUCCCAUCCUGCAUGAGCUGACCUACCAGGCCAUGGCUUACGACCUCAUUGAUAUUCAGGCUGACACCUACAAGUACAAGUCUAAAGAUGGCUCAGAGAAGCAGGCCCUGCUGAAUGAGGAGGACAUGCUGUGGGUUAAGUUGAGGCACAAGCACAUCGCUGAGGUCUCAGAACAAAUCCCCAAGAUGGUAAAGGAAAUAUCUGCCAGCAAGAAGCAGCCAGAUGGGAAGAUCACAAUUAGCAAUUUGGCUCAAAUGAUGAAGAAGAUGCCUGCAUUCCGUAAACAGCUGACUGAGAAAACUGUUCAUCUGCAGUUGGCCGAGGACUGCAUGAAACACUUCUCGAACAACGUGGAGAAACUCUGCAAAGCUGAACAGGACCUUGCAGUGGGGUCAGACGUGGAUGGGGUAAAGGUGAAGGAUCCCAUGAGGACCCUGCUGCCUGUGCUGCUCCACCCAUACAGCACCCACGACAAGAUCAGAGCUGUGCUGCUGUACAUCUUCAGCGUCAGCGGAACGACAGACGAGAACCUAAGCAAACUCAUCCAGCAUGUAAAGAUUGAAGAUGAACGAGAGUUUAUCCUGAACUGGAAAGAACUCGGGGUCCCAAUCAUCACAUCGCCUAGUUUCUUCUCUCGCAAACCAACAAGACGGGAUCGUUCCCAGGAGCAGACAUACAAUCUUUCCAGAUGGACUCCUGUCAUAAAAGAUGUAAUAGAGGAUGCCGUGGAGAACAAACUCGACACUAAAGAGUGGCCACACCAGUCCGAGUGUCCUGCUGCCUGGAAUGGCUCCGGGGCUGUCAGUGCCCGACAGAAGCACAAAGCCAGUGCUCAGGACGAACGCCGGACCGGCUCACGCCUCAUCAUCUUUGUUCUAGGAGGAAUCUGCUUCUCUGAGAUGCGUUCUGCCUACGAGGUCACCCAGGCAGUAAAAUCCUGUGAGGUCAUCAUAGGGUCUUCUCACAUUUUGACCCCGACCAGUCUCCUGGAUGACAUCAAGGCUCUGAGCAAAGGCCCCAUGGAGACGUUCACAAUAGAGGAAAGGAGCAAUGCCUGAGAAGUCUGGCCCUCAAACUAACAACUCCCCAAAUUACCCUGCCUCCAGACAUCUCGUAUCACUCAGCACAAUGCACUCACCUCAACUUCCUGAAUGAAGACAGAAGGGAAUUUACCUUAUCUUUAUGUUUUCACACUCUUUCGGGGGGAAAUUUUCUUUUAACUUGGUCAUCUUGGGAAGCAGAUUUUCUUCUUCAAGAGUGUGAUGAUAUAGAUCAUAUUAAAAGUGAAUUGACCUCAUCCUGCUAUGAGCAUUUUAAGGAAAGCUUGUCUAAUCUGCUUAUUUGUGUUUGCCUUUGCCCAUAAAAGAAAUUAUUGGUUAUGUUACAUGUUGAAGGAUCUCUGAGAAACUUUCAGGGACAGAAUGGUUUGGAAAGUAGUGCAAAGCUAAUGUAUAUACUGUAUGUAAGCACUGAGUCCCUGCAAUGUCAUUCUGACUUAUUUGUCGCUAUUGUUUCUAAACACUUAAUGUAAUUUUGCAGAGUGUUUUUAACAGAGUAUUUACGUUUUUCUUGAAUCGAACAACUGACUAAUAAAUGGAUGAAGUGGUUCAAA